CAAAGUACUUGAAAGUUGAAACAUAAUACAUACAAACAAAAAAAAAAACAAUGAAGAGUACAACAAUGCUAGUACUUCUCCUUCUCCUUACCUUGUCCUCACAACCACUACUUGGAUCGGCUAAACCUUCACUUGAACAAGUCCUCGACAUAUCAGGGAAGAAGCUUCGACUUGAUGCCGAUUACUACAUCAUCCCCGCCAAUGGUGGAUACAUUGACGUUGUAAAUACCGAUGAAACUUGCCCUUUUCAUGUAGUAAUUGUGAAACAUAGUCAAGGCUUACCACUAAGGAUUGCACCCGUUAAAGGUGUUAUUCGUGUCUCAACUGAUCUCAAUAUAAUGCUAGCUAAUGGUGAUAAUAGGUGUCCCAACCGUUCCGUAGUUUGGAAGAUUGAUCCUUUUUCGAAGGAAGAAACAUUUCUGACCACCGGUGGUAUAUUAGGCCAUCCGGGAUCGAAUUCAAUUCACAGUUGGUUCAAGAUUGAGAAGUACGACGAUGCUUAUAAGUUGGUCUAUUGUCCUAAUGUGUGUCCUUCUUGCAAGCAUGUAUGCAAAGAUGUUGGGUAUUAUAGGUAUAAGAAUAUGGAAAUGCGUUUGGCUCUCACUAAUGUUCCCUUCAAAGUUAAGUUCCAAGAGGCUUGAUCAAAUUAAGAUUUUCCGAUGACAACAAAUUAUAAUUGUAUCUGUUAUAAGGAUUAUUGAGCUUUAUUUAAGAUAUAAGGAUAUGAAUAAAAAGAUGGUCAAUCUAUAUAAUUUUCUCUACUUUUUUUUGUCUAAAUUUGUGGAUAUCUCGUGUUUUGAUAAAUGUGGAGAUUAA